UUAUGUUUUAUUCGGUAAUUACAAUACUUCUAUUCUACAUUUUUAAUUAAAGUAUAUAAUUCGUGCAAUACGAAACUAAAAACUAAAUUUAAAAAAUUCAACUCUAUUCGCGGUUGCUAUGGGUUACGUCACGCACCAAUCGCAUGUCCAGCUGUUUGUUGAGUGUAUCAUUGCAGCGCCGUUGGAUACAGCGUUGAGCUGUAGAUUAAAGAGUGCAAACAUGACUGCAGGUUCACUAGCAGCUCCACAGAUCAUUCCCAUUCGCAUUCCUCCUCCCGGCAAAGCAAAGCAUGAAAUAGACUCCCGCACACCUGUUGAGAUCAAAUCAGAUUCAUCUGAUGUGAGUAUCCUGUACACACUGGAUGGCAGUAAGCCUGAGACUAUAAAGAGACCAGGAUUGAGUGACAGCACCCUCAAAUAUACCGGACCUAUACGCUUACCUGUGGGAAAAGUGUCUGUAAGAGCCAUGGCUGUCAGCAGUGAUGGAAGACAGAGCGCUGUCGUCACCAAGAUUUUCAUAGUGGAAUCUUCUCCUUUAGAUGAGCAAGAACUGACGAAGAACAGUGAAGAUGACUCUUUGAAUGACGAAAGACAGAUCAAUGGCAAAGAUGAUUCAUUUAUGAAUUUGAAGGGGAACGAAAAUGCAGCUGGUGAUUCAUCUGUUAAAUUUUUAGAUAUUCCCAGCAGUGAACCUCACCGAGUUUCGAAAGGCCCUCGAUUCCUCACACAACGCCUGGACCCUCGUUCCUCUGCACGCUUGUCAACACAAAGCACACAAAGCCAGAAUGCAGAUGUGGAGAGCCCCUUUAAAAACUUGACGAGCACUCAGAUGUCUCGCCUCCAGCGAGAAACAGAUUUCCUUCGGUGUCCAAAAUGCCUGAGUCAUCGCCCUUCAGACCCCUUUGCCAGAUUUUGUCUGCAAUGUGGAGCAGCAGUGCCUCCAAUUCCUGGACAGAGGCUGCCCCCUACUGAGGGAGGACAGAUGGGUUUGUGUGUGCAUUGUAAAACCAUGGUACCUCUGAACACGGCCAUGUGUGUAGUGUGUGAGUCUCCACUAGCUCAACAGCUACAACCGCAGGCUAGUCUAAGACUACAGAAUAAGAUCAUCUGUCACUUAUGUGGGACAGGAAACCCCUCCCACAUGGCACACUGCGUCACUUGCGAAUCCAAGCUGAUUCAGGAAAGCACACCUGUUUUAAGUGGACAAAGAGCUGCACCUCAACCUUCCACAGAGGGAAAAAUGGUCUCAUGCUCCAAAUGCAAUAGAGUCAACCAUUCGGAUGCUCGAUUCUGUGACUGGUGUGGGGCAAAGCCCGGCCACUCAAGCGGCAGUGUGACAUGCACUCAGUGUGGGGCGAGCUGUCACCCUUAUGCUAAUUACUGUGGGGGCUGCGGUGUCUUUUUGGAUGGCCCGCCCAGGACGCCCUCCCAAACCACCCAAGUACAGAACACACAGGAAUCAGAUCAGACCUCAGCCACCUGGCACGCGGUUCCUGCUCAUGAAUCAACAACUGUGCCUCCGGCUGUAGGCUUGCGCACAUUGGCAGAUGCACAGACGCAAACGGUGGGUCUGUUUUUUCCAUCCGGUACCGAGCUGAAAAAGAGGAGCCAACAGAGGGAGGCGGAGCUGAGCAGACAGGAGCAGAUGAGUGACAGAAAGCCACUCCUCACUGCCAUCAGCCCAGGCCGUGGGUACUGGAGGAAGCAACUAGACCACAUCUGCGCACACCUGCGCAGUUACACUCAAAAUAACACUGAGUUUAGAGCUUUGAUUGGAGAACCUCGUCUGGGCAGAAUGAUCUCAGCUGUUAUUCAGGAGGACAGCUAUGAAGUCAGUCUGCGCAUCAAUUUCAUCUCCGCCUCACCUGAAGCAUCUAGGGCAUCUUCUGCAGGACAUCAGAGUAAAUCUGUGGCAUCUGAGAAUCAAAACCUCAGCGCUGUGACGGAGGGAAGAAAUUCAGCAAGCCCAGUAGAUCAGAGUAAUACUGCAGGAUCCUCAGCCAAUAAAAAGAAGCAGAAAAAGAUCUGGAGCCCAGACAAUACAGAAAAGCCGCCAGAAUCCAAGGACAGUUUGCUCCUCAAAGAGUUGGGACCGGAGGGGCGGGGCCAAAUCUCGGUGGUGCAGCAGCUAUUGGAUGAGGGCGCUGACCCUGCGUGUUUGGGAAGUGAUGGACGUCCCGCUCUAGUUGUUGCGGUGCUAAACGGGCAUCAUGAUGUCAUUCCGGUGCUGGUGCAGAGAGAUGCCAAUGUCAACCAGUCAUCGGGGCCGUUGAAUAACACCGCCCUCCACGAGGCUGCAGCUCUGGGAGUUGACGGUAUGAAGAGUGUCGAAAUAUUGCUGGGGUGUAAUGCAAGUAUCAGAAAGCAGAAUGACAGAGGCCAGACUGCAUAUGAUAUUGCUGUGGCAACAGGGAACAACUCUGUGGUCUCAAUGAUGGCGGCUCACAUGGGUCAGGGUCUCCUGCAGCGUCACACCAAGGCCAGGAACGCCUCUGGACUGGAUACUUUUUCAUAAGAUUUGUCUAUCAACCUCAACCAUAGUAAAUUUUAUUAGAACUACUA